AUUCUUAUCAAUGGAUCUAUUUCCAGCCCUCAGUUGCGUGGCAGUGAUGAUGUAACGCGCACUAUUCGCUGCGGCAUCCGGGUCCAAACCUCCAUCCGCACGGAGAGAGCGAGUUGUUUUGAGCGCGAGGCUCCGGUAGCCCGGCCCCCCCUCGGGAAAACAACAAAAAAACGGAGCCAGAAGUGCUCCACAGCUCAGCUGCGGACUGCUUUAACGGGCUCAUGUGAUGUAUUUCAUAUGUUUAUAUAUAUAUUUUUCGUAAUCGAUUUCUGGCAGUUUUGAUGUUAGUUUGCUUGCUAAUUGACUAGCCAUCGAUUGAUGGGUGUUUUGACUGUGGACGCUGGUUUAUAGUAUUUGCUAUCUGGCCCAGUUAAGACUCUUAACCGCGGCUUUGGUGCCUCUGAGUUUCUUCCUCCAGCAAAGACCACGAAGAAGCUGGAGCAAAAUAAGAAGAAUGGGUGCGUUCUUAGACAAGCCAAAGAUGGAGAAGCACAAUGCUCACGGGGAGGGAAACGGCCUGCGCUACGGACUCAGCAGCAUGCAGGGCUGGCGUGUGGAGAUGGAGGACGCACACACAGCUGUGAUAGGGCUGCCUUACAGCCUCAGCCUGUGGUCAUUCUUUGCCGUCUACGAUGGACAUGCAGGUUCUCAGGUUGCUCGUUACUGCUGUGAGCAUCUGCUGGAACACAUCACCAGCAACCCGGACUUCAGGGCAGGCUGCUCAGGGGGUGUGGACUCAAUUAAUUCUGAGCCCUCCGUGGAGAGUGUGAAAUGUGGAAUCCGCACAGGCUUCCUGCAGAUCGACGAGCACAUGCGGGCCAUGUCCGAGCGCAAGCACGGGGCGGACCGCAGUGGAUCCACGGCGGUGGGUGUGAUGAUUUCCCCUCAUCAUUUCUAUUUCAUCAAUUGUGGGGAUUCCAGAGCCUUGCUGAGCCGCAAGGGUCGCGUUCACUUCUUCACACAGGACCACAAGCCCAGUAACCCCCUAGAAAAGGAGAGAAUCCAGAACGCAGGUGGUUCUGUUAUGAUCCAGAGGGUCAAUGGCUCCCUCGCUGUCUCCCGUGCUCUUGGCGACUUCGACUACAAGUGCGUUCAUGGGAAAGGCCCCACUGAGCAGCUGGUGUCCCCGGAGCCAGAAGUGUAUGAGAUCGAACGCUCUGAGGCUGAGGAUGAAUUUGUGGUGCUGGCCUGUGAUGGCAUUUGGGACGUCAUGGCCAACGAAGAACUGUGUGAUUUUGUGCGUUCACGCUUAGAAGUGACAGAGGACCUGGAGAGAGUGUGUAAUGAGAUCGUGGAUACAUGUUUGUACAAGGGUAGUCGAGACAACAUGAGUGUGGUGCUGAUAUGUUUUCCUGGUGCCCCAAAAAUCAACCCAGAAGCCGUGAAGCGAGAGGUGGAGUUAGAUAAGUACCUGCAGAACAGAGAGGGCGGAGCAUGUAAAAAGACAAGUAAAUAAAAUAUAUUAUUAAGGCUAAGAGAGAGUUAUAGAAGGUGAGCAUUUUACUUAAUUAGGAGAGUUUCUUAGAUGGCAGUUUACACUUGCCAAUGAAGUAUACGUUACAGUUAACGAAAAAUGUCCAAUUAACGAAUCCCCAUAUUGGAGAGGAAAGACUCAUUGGUACUGUAUUAGCACAGUUAGGCCUAUUCGGGAACAAAUUUAACCAGAGAGAAGUACCACAUUGUGAAUUUAUUUGAGCUUAUAUUGAUAUCUAGAGGCCUUUAAUUAUUUAUUGCCAGUAUUGAAAAGCACUUACACAAUUUAGAGGUAACCUGUAGCUUUACCAGAGGUUUUAUUGUAGUGCAUCCGAGAAUCCUCUACUCCAGCACAUGUAACUUAGUCUAUUAUUAGCUACUGAGUGAUGGUGAGUAAGUGCAAUUGUAGAUUAGGAAAAAGGAAUGAUGAAAACCCAACAUUUGGCUCUGCACUUUUUCAUUAAACGCUGCUAAACUUAAAGGCAUCUUCUAUUAAUAAGAGAGUAACCAAAUUUGAGAUCUCAGUUAGAAUACAAUGUGGGGGGGGGGGGUUCGAACAGAAUUAAUACAGAGUGUAGUUUUGCGUUCUGUUUGUGACUGUGGGUUCUUCAGAUAGUUGUUUUCAUCCACUUGUACAAGCAUGUGUUUAAGUCUGGCACCCGUUUCGUUUGCAUCUUUCUGAAAAGUCAAUCUAAAUGAGAGUGAAUGUCAGGCCUCUACUGCUGAUUACCUGAAAUUGUAGCUGACUCUACUGUAUGUGGCCUGAUGGUGCAGUUUUGCCUACAGCAGUGGCCGUGAGCAUUUUAAUCUGCAUGAUUCCUGUUCUGUAAUAUGGAACAUUGUUGCCUUAGUCCUAAUUUACAGUAACUACCUUGAUUAGAAUCGAUAGGUUAGCACUUGGCAUCCAACCUCAACCGCUUGGAUGAGUAAAAUUAAAUCCAUUGGACACAUGGUACUGAAAGCAUGCACUGUACCAAUAGCACGAUAAGUUGUGUACACCUCCUGCAUGUACGCUACAUUAAGAAAAAAACAGGGAUAGAUCUUAUUUCAAAUUAAGUUGGUCUGACAUAAGUUUUAAACUUUGUACAGUAUACAUUUGUAACCCCUUAAAAACAGCUUUCAAGUGAAUUGAACACAGAAUUUGAAAGGUUGUGUCAAUGUAUUACAAAAGUUGUUUACUACGUGUUGCCUCAAACAGACACUUUGUAAAAUUUUUGGUUUGUUUGUAACUAUUAAGAAAAACUAAUUUAGUUAGGAAAUUCUUAGUGCAGAGAGUAGUAUUCAGCCUGCCUGCACUUUUUGAGAUAUAGAUCCUUGUUGGUACAUUGAUUGAACAUUUAUAGUAAAAGGUACUCCGCUUUUGUGUCUGUAAAACCCAACUGGAAUUGGCUUUUUGUCCUUCUGUACCUAAGAUUUUGGAAGCCUUUCAUUCAAUUUUUUAACCCUUUAGACUUGUCCUUACAUGGCGUGACUCAACAGGAUUUUAACGACAAGCAAUUUGUCUAAUGUUUUUCAAUCAUUUUAAUCAAUUACGGUCCAAACUUAUAGAAACCAAUUGAAAACUUUGGAUCUCAUUAACUUUCAUAAUGUGGACAAAAACACCUGGCACUUUUUUUUUUUUUUUUAUGUAGAAGAACAUUUAAAACAUCACUUUGAGGUUUGGAGUAAAUGACAGUUAAAAUUUUUGGGAGAACUAUCCCUUUUAAAUGAGGCAUGCAAUCUAUCACAAAACCUGGCUAAUCAGAUCAGCUCCCACUGUUUCAGAAUAUGUGAAUUUGUUCUGCCUAGUCCAUGUUUUAAGUUUAGUAGAUAUGAAGUUGAUAUACUUGAGCAGUACUUAAAGGGAUAGCUCACCAAAAAAUGAAAAUUACCCCUUGAUUUACUCAGCCUCAUGUCAUGCUACUCUAAGUGUAUGUGACUUUCUUCUUUCAGACAAAAUCAGAGUUAUAUUAAAAAAUAUCCUAGCCCUUUCAAGCUUUAUAAUGGCAGAGAAUGGGCCAAUGUAAGUCCAAUAAUGUGUGUCCAUCCAUCAUAAAAAGUGCUUCACAUGGCUCCUGGGGGUUUUUGCAGGACUAGCAUGUUCUCCCUGGAGCUCACAUUAUGCCUAUGUCCUAAGUCUUGCACUGGAAUGCCACUCUCUCGUGUAUCCAUGACCACGUAUGACAGUUAGUGCAAACUAGAGAUUAUGGUUUAGAGUUUUAAAUAUGGAAAUUUUUCUUGCAUAUGCUUCAGGGCCUUUAUAAACCCACUCUGGAGCUAUGUGAAGCACUUUUUUUAUAAUGGAUGAAUGCAAAAAUUCAAAAUCUCAACCCCCAUUCACUUCCAUUUUAAAUUUGGGAAGAGGUUGGAUAUGUUUUUAAUAUAACUAUUUUUAAUAAAUGGCUUUAUUUGUCUGAAAGAACAAAGUCAAAUACAGCUAGGAUGGCUUGAGGGUGAGUAAAUCAUUGGGUAAUACACAUUCUUGGGUGUAUUAUCCCUUUAAAUCUAGUCAGUUUUCAGUGUGGAGCUGUGGACAGGUCUACCAGUGCACCACAACAGAAAAAGAAAUGACAUUACCAACAAAAUUGCACCUUGUUACAGUAACUUAUUUUUUGCCUACAUUAGUUAACCAUGGGGAUCUCGGUUUAGCAAAAUGUCCCUUACAACACAAAGAUCCCACACAUUCUUCACAUGUCUUUGUAUUACCAAGAGAUAUAUUUUAGCUUUAAGAUGUGUUUAACUGAAUGAAAAAGUGUGCCUGCUCUAAGAGAGAACUUGAUUGUAGGUCAUUCCUGUGCCAUAUCGGUUUCAUUUUGCUUGGGUUUGUUAUUGUAGCUCCUCACUGUUUGACAUAGCUUGAUAAUCCACUGUUUAUUAAAUUAGCCUUAAUUAUUUUCGUUUUGAUGAGGCAUGUUUGUAUACCUACAAAGAGUGACAAGGUUCUUCUGGGAGAGCCUUUAUUUGUGCCUGCCAGUGAGUCUAUGGCCAGUUGUAGCAUUCAAAUUAACUUUCAAAUUCACAUAAAGUGAUUUUGUUUGUUUUGUAACAUUAUUCUACUCAAGCAUAAUUUUAGCUUGUGCAUUCAGUAGCACAUUUGACCCCUUAACAGCAAGUGCCAUGCAAGUGAUUUUAAACCAUUCACUUGAGACUAUAGCUGCACAAAGCACAACCCAAACCCCUAAUGAGUCAAGUAUGGGGUGGAAAUAUUGCCUUACAGAAAAAUUUAACAGGCAUUAAAUGGGCCAUAUAGUAUUGUAGGAGAUUGCCUUGAUUUCUAGCACUGUAGCACCAUCAAACUGAGAUGUACAGGGAAAGAAAAUGUCAACCUCAAGUCUGUCCUUCUACAAAGUUCAUUGGAUUUCGAGUAAAGCAACCAACUGCAAAUAAAACACAUCUUUGUGACACAUUGGAUAACUUAAAAGAAAAAAAAAAUCUUCUGCAGUAUGAAUCAAAAGGGCAAACAUAGCCCAUUUACUGUCAUAUACUUGCACUGUGUUGUGCUGUUGGUCCCUGUGUGUCACUUCUGUCUUUACCUCUCAGGUCCAAACUGACAAGCAACAGAGGACACUAUUUAUUUGAAUUAUUUAUUGUCUUUAUACUGUAGUAUUUUAUCUUUUUUGAUUGAAACUGUCCAUGCAUUCCAUUUUCUUUAGCCAAAUAAGCACUACUAAUGCAAUGAAAAUCGUAUGUUCUUUUCUCCUUGUAUUUUUUGUUAUACAGUAGAUCUGUGUCAUAAAUAGUCUGUUUAAACUGAUAGCUAUGUGAGCUCAAAUGCAUCAUGUCUUGGGUUCCUCUACAAAAAGUAGUUUCUUCACAUGCUGUUCACGCUUUUCACUAUUCUGUCAGAGUAGAUCGGUCCAAGGUUGAUGAUGUGUAAGGGGUUACAAUCUAUGAUCGGUCCUUUCUUAACCCAGCAGACUGUUUGUGUCUGUGUUUGUUCAAUUUUACCUCUCAGAAGGUAACAGUUUUAUAAAGCUCAUUUUGAAAGAUUUUUUCAACUACAAUUUCAUAGAAAAGUAUUUCAGUAUUAGAGGGUGAGCACCCAAUAUUUUCUUUCUUUAGUUUUUAUUUUUGUACAUUAGCACCCAGGUAUUAGCAAUGUAGACAAACUGUGAUCUUGUCAUUAUUGGCUGUCAAAGAUGAUUCAAAUAAAAUUAUUUAUGGAAAAGC